GGGAGCCUGGCCCCGUACCGCUGCCCGAGCCGGGGGACUGCAGAGCCGCCCGGCCAGGGAGGGGAGCCUGGCCCCGCACCGCUGCCCGAGCCGGGGGACUGCACAGCCGCCUUGCGCACCGCUGCCCGAGCCGGCCCCGGCCAGAGCCGAGACCGUAGGCCCCCUGGGUGCGCGUCUGCCGGGAUUGCCGAGCAGAUGCAGGUGGAUAAGUGAACAUCUAAUACCCAAGUUCAGAAGACAUGACUUCCAGAAAAUUACUCUCAGAAACACGGAGGACAUUUCCUGCUACUAAAGUCCACUGUCAGCAGCCAUCAAGGAUUCUCAUUGUGGAUGUCACAUCACCUUCCUGGACCAACACUUGUUCUGUGCUCUCUGAAGCUCUGGAAAACACGCUCUGUUUGGCUUGCAGUUUGACAGGCCCCUGCCGCGUUCCCCUGCUGAGCCUCUACCUGGUGCAGAACCAGCAGGAGUGUCUGCUUCCCUUUACGCAAGUGAAAGAAAACUUUGCACGAAUCCAAGCCUGCAUAUCGGAGCUCCGCUCGCUGCCAAGAGAAGGCUGCUUCCUACAGGGAGCAGGUGGAGUGGUGCAAGCUGUGCAGGAUGGAUUGCAGCAGUUCAAACAAUACAGCAGACACACAGCAGCAGGAGGCUCCACAAAUAGUUAUGUUGAGAUCACAAUUUUGACUGGCCAGUCGAGCAAAGAAAUGGUAAAGCAGUUGGAAAAGAAGUUAAAAGAUGUAGACCUUAUGAGUCUGCGAAGAAUAGAAGUCAUUGAGGUUUUGAAGAGAGACUUUCUGGAGCCUGAUGAUGUGGAGCAGUGCAUGCCAGCAGAAGAACCCAGCAUCAGUGAUUUUGCAAUCCUGGGAAUGGACAUAGAUGUGCAAACCAUAGAGGACAAUGUCAUCAGCUUGGAGAUGUUGUUUAAACUAUGGCUACAUGACUAUGGCACAGAGAGAGAGCACCUCCAUCUCCUCCUUCCAUCAGGAGGCUUCAGCCAUGCCUCUGCACCCAGGAUCACCCUAAUGUGCCUCAAGUGCGACUUGCAGGAAAGGUUACUCGACCCUGCUCUGCUUUCUGGAGCGGUUGAUGGCAGCAUAAGAGCAACAGACAUGACCUCACCCGGCCAGAUGGCAGCCUGGCCAGCCACAGCCCUGUAUAAACUCCGAGUUAUAAAAGCUCUGAAGUAUGAGGGAGUCUGUGAGUCUGUACUUUAUGGCCUGCCUUUCAUCAUCAAGCCUACAAGCUGCUGGCAGCUGGACUGGGAUGAACUGGAGAUAAACCAGCACAGCUUCCAUGCUCUAUGUCAUAGUCUUCUGGAAAGGAAGUGGAUGCUUUUGGCCAGACGUGAGCCACAGAACACCAGUCCAAACUGGAACAUCCUGGUGCAUUCCUACUAUGUCAUUGUUCCUUCUGACUCUGCCACACUGCUUGUCAAAGCAGUCGCUGUCAGAGAGCUCUUGCUGCCAUCAACCUUCCCAGCUCUGAUUGGUGAACAUGCUGAGAGUGUCUCUGGCCCUAUAGAGCGUGCCUUGAACAGCUUGGAAGUGGAAGUUGCUUAUAACCCCUUGCACGUGAAGAGCAAUCUCUACAAAUACCUGAAGAGUGUACUGUACAAGCCUCUGCACAGGCAGCAGGCCCAGACCAAGGACCAGCGACCAGAGCGGCACCAGACCAAGCAGCAUCAGAGCAAAGCCAAAGCCACAGUGGCACCCCUUCUGCUGGCUCCUUCUCCUGUCCAAGCACUUAGACCGGCAGCGGCCAGGACACACCCCAAGGAGUACGAGGGGCUCCGGCAGUGAGCCCUGGGGCAGCGCCUGCUCACGUGCAGCCACGGUUCCUGCUCAGCUGCCAAGCCCUGCGUGCUGGGCCGGAAGCGGUCAGGCAAGACACGCAGCUUGGCCUUGGCCAGACGGGCACUUCCCAUUGUUUGUUCCUCCUUGUUCUAUGGUUUUGUUAGUCACCACGUCAGUCUGCAGGAAGCCUGCUACUCUGGGGCCCUCUGUCCAGAGUCAGUUAUCCCCCACAACAUCCCAUAUUUCCCAUUCUUGUCUGCACACAUCACCAGCAUGUCUCCAAUUUUGGUUUCUGAGACUAUGCUAGCACCGGCCACAAACCACAGAUUGCUGCCAGCGGGUGCAGAAGAGCUGCAAGCAGGGUGGUGAGGAAGCCAGGCAGAUAAAGGAGGCCGUACCAUCAAGCUGCCCUCAUCCUGAAGGAGUGUGUUCACCAGAGUAUUUAAACAGGCAUAAAACAGGGCUUUGGAGUUUGAGUUUAAAGCCCAGCAUGCUCUCCUGAGAGCAGCACUACCCAUGACAAUUGCUUGGCUCCAUAACUGAUCUCACUGUCCAGCUCUCUAGCUUGGGAAGGCAUUUCUAGCAAGUGCCAAAUCAUUUCAAUGCCCCAGCUAACUCCAACACAGUGACAGCUCACCACAGCUGGAGCUGUAGCAUACAUAGCACCAUUCUCCUGGCCAACUGCCACUGGGAUGCCCUGCUCCUUAUAGCCUGUCUAUGCCUGUGGAGCUGCUUUGCAAGCCAGCACAGCAGGCACUUUUUGGCAGGGUUCAGAAGAUGGAGUGAGUUGGCCUAGGGCUUUCCAGGGAGCUUCUGCUGGCUUCUGGAAUGGUCUCAGUGGGAUUCCUGGAUGCUGAGCACCAGGAGGUUGUGUGCUACUUACUGCGUUCUGAAAAGCUGUUUCAAAAUAAAGUUCUCCACCAUAAUGUC